UCCGCUUGAGGUGGUGGUUGCCCGCGCACGGAUAACUGCAAUCACGCGCGCUGUCGCCCCUUCUCGUCGCAUUUCGUUUAUUUCGUUGACCACAUUGAAGUAAUGUGCUAGUGCGCGUAACAAUAGUUGUAGUGUCAUUAAAAAAUAAGGAGAGCGUGAAAAGGGAUUUUGACGAUCGAUGGCCAUUUGGUCCUGGGAUGUCUGACCAUACGCUGACUGUUACUACUGGCGCUCAGUUGAGCGCGUUGAUCGCUCUACGGUGAGCUGCAUCAAUCGUAGGCUCAUACGUUUUCUUUUAAUACUCAUCGUAUUAUAAUAAAUUAUGUAUUCGUAUGCGAUGAACCCAUCAGAGAUAUAAUAUACUACAGUGCUGUAAAGUGGUGAGUGGUACGUGAUGAUGUGUAAAGUGUUUCGCAGUGUUGGAGAGGUAACGCUAUUCAAGUGUGUAAGCGCGAUUGGAUUAGUUGUCAGGAUGAUUGGACAGCUGUUGUAAUAAUAGUAAAAGACAACGACGACGACUUGAGGGAAUAGAGACGAUAAGCAUAAGCAGAAGAAAUGAAGAGCGACGUUGACCCGAACGGCGCGAGGAGGGAACGGCUAUCGUCGCUACAAUUGGUGCUUUGCGCUACGUGGCUCUUAGGUGCAGUGGAGGGCCUGAUGAUGACGAACCUGAAGAUACCCACGCACGUAGUGCAAAACCAAACUGUGCGGAUGGAGUGCGAAUUCGACUUGGACGGGGAGCCCCUGUACUCGGUCAAGUGGUACAAGGACGGCAACGAGUUUUAUCGCUACGUGCCAAACGAGCGACCCGACAUCCACGUCUUUUCCCUUCCUGGCGUCAACGUCGACAAGCACAGCUCCUCGGAGCGAUCGGUCGUCAUCCACCGAGUGAACCUCGACAGCAGUGGCCGGUACAGGUGUGAGGUGUCCGGCGAAGCGCCUGCCUUCAACACCAUUUCGGACCACAGCGAUUUGGUCGUAGUCGUGCUGCCGAAGGACGGGCCGAUAAUCAGCGGGGGCAAGUCGAAGUACCAGCUAGGCGACCUGGUGCGCAUGAACUGCACGUCAGCCCCGUCGAAGCCACACGCCACCCUGACGUGGUACAUCAACAACAUCGAGAUCACGGAUAACAAGACGAUUGGUCCCCGCAGCCACCGAAUGGACAAGAAUGGCCUGGAAAUCGAAAAACUUGGUCUAAAGUUUGAGGUAAAGCCAAGCCACUUCCUGCACGGUGACAUCCACUUCAAGUGCAUCGCCACCAUACCACUGGUGUACAAGCGCGUCGAGGAGCAUCGGGUCAUCGGCGACAGUAGCUUCUUCAAACAGCCACUGGAGAGCCGGGAGACACGAGCUCAGAGCCACGUGAGGAACGACUACAACGCAGGAACUAAAGCAAGCGUUUCGACUGCGGUGACGUCCUUCGGUAUCCUGUGGAUCCUCACUGUCGUCCUUUUCACGCGAUAA